GUACAUGUUGUUUGCAAGUUCUAACUACAAAUGCUAGGACUCAACUUAUGCUACGUGUGUGCAUACCGGCUACUGCAUACUCGAAAACCUCUUUAAUUUCAUGACAGAUUCGAUCAAUUUUUGACAAAGAAUCUGAGAUCCCAUUUGGCUGUAUAUCACCGGGUUCAAUUCCCACUGAUGAAAAUACAAGUCUCCCGCUGAGAAUGCAACAACCUCCACCAGAAAACCAAGCACCACCAUCACAACCGCCUAACAAACUCACCCAAACAAUCACCCAAAUCCUAACCUCCCCAACAACCCAAAACCCCCACAAAUCCCUCACUCAAUUCCUCCCCCACUUAACCCCUCUAAUCAUCCUCUCAAUCCUCUCCUCUAAACCCCUCCUCUCUCGCCCUGACAAGCUCCUCUUCUUCUUUAAAUGGACCCGGAAUCACUCGCACACUCUUCCAGCUGCAGAUGGGAAAACCCCGGCUCAUUAUCUUCUUACUCUCCUCCCCACUUUGUUUUCCCACAACAAGUUUUUCGAUGCGAAAGCGCUUCUUGUCAAACACAUUGCCAAUGACCCUGAUCACUACCUACACUGGCUUAUAAUGUGUCCUCAGCCGUCGUUGCCUCGCCCCACGAAGGCGCUUCUUGAUACUGCGGUUGGUGCUUAUGUGCAAUUGGGUCAUGCCCAUCUUGCCCUCCAGGUGUUCGGUAGAAUGUCGAGGCUGAAUUUUAAACCGAAUGUACUUACUUGUAAUACCCUUCUAUGUUGUUUGGUUAAUAGGCCAUUUGGGAAUUCUGUGUCAUUUUGUCGUAAUGUUGUUGAUGACGCCAUUAAGCUCAGCGUUGAGUUGAAUACGGCGAGUUUUAAUAUAUUGAUUAAAGGGUAUUGUUUGACAAACAAGUUUGAUGAUGCUUUGGAAUUGUUGAAUGGUAUGGGGGAAUAUAACUGUUUCCCGGAUAGUGUGAGUUAUAAUACUAUAUUGGAUGGGUUGUGUAGAGGGGGGCGGUUGAAAGAAGCUAGAGAGUUGUUGUCGGAUAUGAACAGUAAAGGGGUGAGUCCAAGUAGGAACACGUAUAAUAUAUUGGUUCGUGGGUAUUGUAGAAUGGGUUGGUUAAAGGAGGCUACUAAGGUUAUGGAGGUGAUGGCUUUGUAUGAUUGUUUGCCUGAUGCUUGGACUUACGGUACUUUGAUUAAUGGGUUGUGUAGGGAGGGGAAGAUUGAUGAGGGUUUAAGGCUUCGAGUUGAGAUGAAAGCCCUAAACUUGGUGCCUGAUCUGGCUACUUAUAAUACUUUGAUUGAUGGAUGCUUUCACUGGAGGCGUAAAUCUGAGGCCUACAAGUUGAUGGAUGAAUUGAGUGAAAAGGGAAUUCAAAAAAGUGAGAUUACUUACAAUAUAAUGAUUAAGUGGCAUUGUAAGGAAGGAAUGAUGGAUGCAGCUACUGAUGUUAUUCGGGAAAUGGAAGUGAAUGGAUAUCAACCAGAUCAUGUUACCUACAACACUUUGAUUAAUGGAUAUUGUAAAGCCGGGAAUCUGGGAGACGCAUUGAAGAUUAUGAAGAAAAUGGGUGAAAAAGGUAUCAAGGUAGAUAAUUAUAUCACAAAUAUUGUUCUUCAUGCCCUCUGCAAAGAUCGGAAACUUGUCGAGGCCUAUGAAUUGUUGGUCACUGCUGAAAGGCAAGGUUACAUUGUUGAUGAAGUAAGCUAUGGCACUCUAAUUGUGGGAUAUUUUAGGGACGGAAACGUUGAUAUGGCUAUGAAUCUUUGGGAUGAGAUGAAGAACAAGCAGAUUAUACCAAGUAUUAUCACAUAUAACUCUAUCAUUACAGGACUGUGUAAAUCAGGGAAAACUGAACAAGCAAUUGUUAAGUUGAAUGAACUCUUAGAAAGUGGGUUGUUUCCUGAGACAAGAACAUACAAUACAAUUAUACAUGGGUAUUGCUGCGAGGGCAGUGUUGAAAAAGCAUUUCGGUUCCAAAACCAGAUAAGUGAAAAUAAUUUUAAGCCUGAUCUGUAUACAUAUAAUAUUCUACUCAAUGGUCUCUGUAAAGUAGGGAUGCUUGAAAAAGCUAUUGACCUCUUUAAUUCUUGGAUCUCUGAAGGAAAGAAAUUGGAUUCAGUGACAUACAAUAUAUUGGUAACAGCCCUAUGCAAAGCAGGGAGACUCGAGGAUGCUGUAUGCCUAAUCACUGAAAUGGAUGUGAAGAAGCUUGGUCCAGACAAGCACACAUAUAAAGCUAGUAUCUCUGCACUUACUGGUGCAGGCAGGAUGAAAGAAGCUGAAAAUAUAAUUUCAAAAGUGGUAGAAAUAAAUAAGUUCUCGCAACUAGAUAAAGAAAAAGUUGCUGGUACUUGUGGAACUUCAGAUGAAUCAAAAUCAGGUUCUGAUGGUCAUUCAGAACGUAUUAGGGACCUAUGCAGAAAUGGAAAUUAUGAGGAAGCAAUGCGAACUGUUGAAGAAUUGUCAAAGAAAGGUAUUACUUUGGACACAUCCACAUACACUGAUUUGAUUGGUGAACUCUUUAAGAGGAAAAUUACAAAGGUAAAGGCUGGCUGGUAAGACUCGGCCCUUUUUUUUUUCAUGCACUCUUUGCCAAUUAAGCUUGGCUAGCUGUGCUCGUCGUCAGUGCUUCAAAACCUUGCCAGAAAAUCAACCAAUUUGGAACUUUAGGUGUGCUAACCGUUAAGCCUACUGACCGUAUUAGAAAUUCAGCAGCUCUAAUUUGGCGUCUCCAGGAGCACCUGUAGGAAUUCAACUCUAUUCGUCAGAGGCUGGGGCCUUAAUGUUCGACUAUGUAUGCUGGACUGGAAAAAUGAUCCUGUGGAAGCACGGGCUGUGUUUUUUUUAUGCCACGAGGCAGUUAUGACUAAUGGUCAAAAUAUUGAAGCAAACUAAUGGUACUGUGACAGAUUGAUUAGGAAAAUAAACCAAGCAAGGUGCAUAUAUUCUAAUCCAUCUCUUGUCUGUGUAUGUAAUGACCCCUGAGGCUACUUAUCUUGUUUUAUUCACAAUUGUGUCCAUCUGCAUUCACUUCUCAUUAACGGAUUAUUUCUGUUACCGAUGUUUACAGUGCUUAGCACAUUUUCUUAUGGUGUUACUAUAGUGAGAUGUUUACAAAUGGUUUGGCCAGUGUCCAGUGUCAAUCUGUUUAAUCCUAAAAGAACUAUAAAUUUUGUUUACAUUAAAUAUUGUCAGAUGCGUAAGUUUAAAUACACAAACACAUGCCUCCACUUAAACUUUAACCCUCUUUUUCAACAAAAGAGACUAGAGAGGCACGUAGAGCAUACUAGGUUAUGAUGCUAGAGAUCUGUAUGUAGGCACAUUUUCUAUGUGACAACUUGUGACAUAUUUAAAAUCAGCCAAUUUGUGUAAUAAGUAAUUUGUAGAAGUGGUUUAUAUUCCGAAUUGUGAAAAGUGAAAAAUAUGUAAUUAUUUCCGUCACUUAUUUUGUUUUUGGAAUUUGACUCCAUAUAAUGUACAUGAUGUUUUCAAAAGAUAGUUAUUCUUAGUAAUUUAUUGUUAUAUUGUUAGUUUUUUAAUAGAUGAUAAGUUAUAAAUUACUAAUAAAUAUAUCCAAAAAUAACAACUUUCAAGUAACAAAUUAAAUAUUGCUCUUAUACAAAAAACUUCUCACCCUAGCCCUUCUUCAGUUGACUCAUUUCCCUUAUAAAAUGUGAAUUCCGGAGACUUCAACCACAGCUCACCAACUAUGAUGGUCGUGCUGGAGGCUGGGGGAGGAAUGAGGAAGUUGCUGCUAACCAUGGUGGUCUUGCUGGAGUCGGGGGAGGCAUGAGAAUGUUGCAGCGGCUGGUGCAAAUAUCAGCAACUGUGUGUUGGUGAAUAACAUGUGCAAACAACCCCACAACACAUGGCCUCAAAAUUCGGAGGGCCCCCAAUUUUUAAGCCGGUAAAAAGCACGAGAAUACUGCACCCAGUGGAUUUUUCUAGGUUAAAAUUUUUCAAAUUCAUACUUCUAAGAGAAAAAUGUGUUUGAUAUGGAUCUCAGGAACUUAUCAGAAAUCAUGUGAAUGAUAUAAACUACGGAGUUUUAUUUGUAAAUUCACACUUGGCACUGUAAUUUUAAAAAUUUCUAUGUUUGUACUUGAAAUCCUUGAUCUAUAAUAUUAUUAAAGUCUAAAUAUUAGAAAUAUGGUGGGGUUUCUGUUUUGUCAGUCUUGUAACAUAAUUUUAAAUGUUGGUCUUGUAAAAUUCUUCAGCCUCAUGCUGCAUGUAGUCUCCUGAGGCUACCUUGGUUGCUAUAUAUUGACCUUAUAUAUUGGAAUUUGUGAUUAUAUGACUAAACCUAGUGUUCUAAAAAUCCCCGAUUUAACCGAUAAAUCCCCGAUUAAU